GCAAUCCACUCCAGUUUUCUUGCCUGGAGAAUCCCAUGGACAGAGGAGCCUAGCAGGCUACAGUCCAUGGGAUCACAAGAGUCGGACACUACUUAGCGACAAAACCACCACCACCUCUUGAAAGGUCCUCUCUCCAAAUACAGUCACAAUCUGAGGUCCUAGUGGUUAGGACUUCACCAUGGAAUUGGGACACAAUUCAGCCCAUUAACAGCCACUCUUUACUCAGUAAGUGCACAGAAACAACUAGCCAGUGUUGCCAUUUAAUUUGUUGACCCCCAGCUAAGGCCAAAACUCAGAGAUCUUUAGGGCAUGUUCAAUGAGCUGAAAUCUAGACCUGGGACUCAGAAAACAGGGCUCUCUGGCUCUGCUGUUAUCACAUCAGGAACUUAUUCCACCCCUGGGCAUCAGUUGCUCCAUAAUAUAGUCCAGUAAGAGAGAACUGGUUGAUCUUAAAGUUUUUUAAAUAAACUACCAAGAAGUAAUCACUAAACUUAAGCAGUGGUGCUAGAAAAAUAUAUGGACACCAUCAUCAGCUGCUAGAUUUUUAUCCUUCCUACCAUGUGCCAUUUCUAUUAGCCCAUUCUGAAUGUAGAACUCCGAAGUAUUGCAAAAAGUAUAUUCAGAUGCAGAAUAUAUCAAAAUUGUAGGUUACGGUGAGAUUUUUUUUUUCAUGACAAUUUAAAAAAUAUCAAGUCUGCAUUAUUGUAGCUAUUAUAAAUAGUGAACAAUAGAGGGAUAAAAUACUGGCUUUCAUUUUACCAACUCAUUAAGGAUGUCAAAUCAAAAAUGGUUGUAAAUUUAAGUGUUGUACUAGUGAUGAGUUUCAGUGUUUGCUGCUCUCUUUCUGGUGGAAAAGAUACAGUUACCAUCUGGAGUGGGAUUUUGUGAAAUGACAGGACUGCAAAGUAAACCAUCAAGGAGGAGCUGUAGCCAAGAGAACAGCAAAAGAAAAAAGUCCUGUGAAGGACCAGAAAUAGAGCAGCCCACAAGCUGAUGUUCUUCCAAGGCUCUGCUCAGCUCCAAGAUGGAAAUUAAAGCCGCACUUCAGCCAUGAAGCAUCUCUGACAGCCUGAACUGCAUCUCUCUCCCCGCCAGCUCCUGUGGGCGUUCUGAAGGGACCCAUGAUGAGCUAUAUUGUAAUGUCUGAGCCCUUUGACUCAGCUGUCAACACCCAUUCUCUAAACCAGUGGUUCUCACUAGGGCAAUGUCUGCCACCUAGGGGACAUUUAGCAUUGUCUGGAGAUAUUUUGGGCUUUCCAGGUGGCGCUAGUGGUAAAGAACCUGCCUGCCAAUGCAGGAGACAAAUGAGAUGCCAGUUUGAUUCCUGGGUUGGGAAAUCCCCUGGAGGAGAGCAUAGCAAUCCACUCCAGUAUUCUUGCCUGGAGAAUCCCAUGGACAGAGGAACCUGGCGGUAGAUAUUUUCAUGGCCGAAGUUUGGGGGAGGCAUCUAGUGGGUGGAGACUAGAAGUGUCGCUGAACAUCCUACAACACAUGGGAUGGCCACCCACAACAAAGAAUUAUCCAGCCCAGAUGUCCAUAGUCCUGAGGCUGAGAAAAACUGCCCUCAGCUGACCCUCAAUGAGCUGCUUGAGGUCAGGUCUAUGUCUUGUUUAAUGCUGUGCCUGAGGGUCUAUGCCCCAGGGGCUGGCAUGCAGGAGGUACUCAAGUACUCAAGGGGGUCUAAAGAGAAAGAGUCAGUCUCAGCCCAGGAACACACAGCUGAGUCAGGGAAGGGACCACGUGCACACCGGCUUUCCUCCCCACUGACAGUGCAACUGGGGCAGGACGACCAUGACAUGGAUCGCUGAGAGGGGCUUCAUGAGUGUGGGGAGAGGGCCUUAGAAUUGUUUAGUGGGGCUCUUAAGGUUGCAAGGACAGAAAUCCAGGGAGAGAGAUGAAACAUUCACUGUGGAGAUGAGUGCAUGGAAACCAAGCCUUGAGAAAAACAGAGCAGCUGCCAGAAGGCUGGGCUGGGACCUAUCACACUGGCAACUUACGUGAAGAAGAUGAAGUUGUAGGUCACCUGAACACCCUUGGAUCAACUGGGCAUAAGAGGAAGCCUGUGGUAUAAAAUAAUACCAUGGCCUAGAUCUUCCACUGAGUCAACUGCUGGGACAAGCCAGUCCAUAGGAAGGAGUGAAGCAGCUCAGACCCGGCUGGCCAGAGGCGCCCGGAGCCAUGUCAGAACUUUGAGCAAGUCCUGGUGACAGGGACCGGCUGUCACCCACCGGUCUUCCAGCCUGGCUUCAAGAUGCUGAGCCUGAAGCUGCCGAGGCUGCUCAACAUGGAGCAGGUGCCCCAGGCGUUCCAUGAGCAGGGCAUCCUUUUUGGCUACCGACAUCCACAGAGUUCCGCCACUGCCUGCCUCCUCAGCCUUUUUCAAAUGACCAAUGAGACCCUCAACAUCUGGACACACUUGCUGCCCUUCUGGUUCUUCUCGUGGAGGUUUGUGAGCAUCCUGCAAGCGACGGAUGUCCUGAACGACAGCUACUCCUGGCCUCUGCUGGUGUACAUGGGCGCCAGCUGCUUGUUCCCCCUGGCGUCCAGCUGUGCACACACCUUCAGCUCCAUGUCCAGGAACGCCCGCCACAUAUGCUACUUCCUGGACUAUGGUGCCGUCAACCUCUUCAGCCUGGGCUGUGCCGUCGCCUACUCGGCCUAUGUUUUCCCGGACACGCUGGUGAGCACCACCUUCCAUGACUACUACCUGACCCUGGCCGUGCUGAACACCAUCGUUAGCAUCUGGCUCUCCUGCUACUCCAGGUUUUUUGAGAUACAGAAGCCCGGGCUCUGCAAGAUGCUUCGUGUCCUGGCCUUUGCUUUUCCCUACACCUGGGACUCCCUUCCCAUCUUAUUCAGGGUGUUCCUAUUCCCCGGGGAAAGUGCGGAGAACGAAGCCACGUUGUACCACCAGAAGCACGUGGCCAUGACCCUCCUGGCCUCUUUCUUCUACUCCGCGCAUCUGCCAGAGCGCCUGGCCCCUGGACGCUUCGACUACAUCGGUCACAGUCACCAGCUGUUUCAUGUGUGUGUGAUCCUGGCCACGCACAUGCAGAUGGAAGCCAUCCUUCUGGACAAGACUCUGAGGAAGGAGUGGCUCCUGGCCCACUGCAGGCCCCUGUUGUUCGCCCAGAUAGCCGGAGCCAUACUUCUAUGCCUCAUCUUCAGCCUCAGCAACAUUGUUUAUUUCUCAGCUGCCCUGUAUCGGAUUCCCGAGCCGGAAUUACAUAAAAAGGAAACCUGAUUCACACCAUAAGCUUUUCUUACCAAACAUCAGCAUUAAGCUACAACAUCCUAACUACCAUAAGCAGUGGCACGGUCCCAGUUUACAAUGGCCUAAAAUAUUUAUAAUGCUUGAUAUCUUGGCAUUUUUGAGCGGGUUCAAGUCAAUGAGGUAUUUAACUGGGGACAUUUCUCUAGAUGUGCAUUGGAUUCUGUAAGUACUAUUUUAAAAGGGGGACGUGGGUUCAAGUCAGUCCUCAUUCAUGCAAAUCAUUAUUUCAUUUAGCUUUUAAUUUAUUUAAGGUGUGUUCUCCAAUUCUAUUUAAACAGUUGGAUUAGGCAUACCACCCGUAUAGCUUUACUAUUAAUUAGUUGGAUUAAGCUUUACUGCCCUUGAAGUAUUACUCUUGGAAAAUGGAACACGCUUCAUCUGAUGAGAUUCAUGUAGCAAAGCCUCUCCUGCCACAGUGGAAGAGGAUGAGCUGGGAAGGUCAGUCUGGGAACCUGAGAAAGCAGAGAUUGAGUCUGUGGGAGCUGUGGGGACUGGGAAGGCAUUCCAGAAUGAAGAAACCUGGUUUGGGGAGGGGCCUUCUUCCUUUCCCCACCUCGUGAAGGGAAUGAAUUGAAAGAGCCAUUUUUUCCCACAAGUCCAUUCUGCUUCACCAUGCAAGGUUCCCAUGUCAUUAUGGACUUGGAUUUUGUUAAAAGUUCACAGCCUGUGGCUGGGUGUCAUAUGUUCUGUUUUGCUCUGUUUUCUUGUUGCCAGUUUGAUGCUGUGAAGUAUUAUGCAGCACAGGUAAAGUGUGUUACCCAGAGGGCACUGACUGAGUUAAUCCCAAUUGGUUGUACUCAUCUAUACUCAUCUAUCACCUUUUAACCAAUGACAUCACACUAUUUGGGGAGGUUAUACAUUUAAUGUUGCUUCAGCAUUUCAUAUGUGCUGCAGAAUUUAAUGUUCAUGUGCAGAGGAUACUAAAGACUUUGCCAAAGGGAGGGAAACACUUGGUGAGCUUGUGAUAAAUGUAGAUCCUCCAGGCGAGUCAGGAGAUGCUGCUUUACUAGUUUAAAAUGUUGGUUUCCUGCAGAAGGUCUGUACUGGAGCAAGUUCCCCAGGUGAUUGUCAGGAGGGCGAUGGGCCAAACUUGCAGAAAUGCUGGUGUCACGAACUCCAGAAUGCACAGGGCCUAUCAGCUGUGUUUUGAUUGGUCUAACUUUCAGCAGCUCACAACCUAAGGCUCUGUCCUCUGCUUUCUACUCUGUGGAGUACUAAAACACUGAAUAUUUUCUCAUCUGUUGCAUUACUCAUCAAAAGUUCAGUAUUUCAUGGUGUUUUCAUAGAGUACAGAAAUGCUGAUGCAAAACAGUUUUUAACAGAGGCCCAUCACUCCCUGACAUGCACUUGCUAACGACUUAAGGGGCCAUCCAUCGCAAUACAGGACCCUCUUCUGCUGACUCAGGAACACCCCCGUUUCUUAGAACACUGCCUAUAUGGUUAACUGGCCCAGACAUUUGAAUGACCUUGUAAGUAGCUCAUCAACUAAUCCUCUGAAGACAAGUAGCAAUUUAUAUCGGAUAUGAGUGGUCAAAAAAUAUGAUUUCAUUAGUUUUAUUGUCUGUUUACUUCCUCUGGGGAAAGUAGACUGAUAAAAUUAUAUAGGCUGGUAAAUUUGUGGUACAUUAAUUGCAAGCUGCAUGACAAAAUUUGUCUUUUUGGCAAGAGGUUGACACUAUUACUGGAAUUUUACCCUACCAGGGGUUCUGGGCUUCCAUUUCAUCCUACUGUAACUUCAGUUUUAUGGUGGACAGAGGUACUAAGUUUACGUACUCCAUUUUAGUAAUGCCAAAGGCAUGAAGGCUUCUUAAUUCUCUUGUUUAUACAAAGUAACAUAAGGUUCUUCGUUUAGCUCAGAAGUAGUUGAAAGAUCACUGGUGACUAAUUUGAAGGACUUUUAGAAUAUUUAAUCUUUGGUUACAUUGCUUUUUCAGCAUGCUUAAUGAUGAAAAUGAAAUGUUAAAUCAACAAAAUGAGGCCAAGUGUUUCAUAAUGUUUUUAUACAUUUGGUAAACUUAGUCCCAUUGUAUACUUUUGGACAGUGUUACAAUUAAAUUUUAUAACAGUUUGCAGUACAUUGAUUUGGAAACUUCUAAUGUUGAAUGAGAAUGUGUUCAAAUAUAUUCAUUAUCAUUAAGUGUUAUGAAGUCUAAUGUGAAUAUAGUUUUGCUAAGCCAUUCCAGAAAUUAAAAAGAUUGGCAGUGGGUCAGUUGAAAACCUCACUGGGUAUAUAUUAAAAAAAAAAAAAAGAAAGAAAAGAAAACCUCACUGGGAGGAUAUCUUUUAAUGUGUAUAUGUAUGCUCAGUUGUGUCCAGCUCUUUGCAACCCAUGGACUGUAACCUGCCAGGCUCCUCUCUAUGCAGUUUUCCAGGCAAGAAUACUGGAGUGGGUUGCCAUUUCCUUCUCCGGGGGAUCUUCCCAACACAGGAAUGAACCCAGGUCUUUUGUGGCUCCUAUAUUGGCAGGUGGGUUCUUUACCACUGAGCCACUUUGGAAGCCUUGUCUUUUAAGGUAGCAGUUCUCAUUUUUUUUUUUUUUUUAACAUCUCAGUACACUUUGUAGAUAUACCAUAUUCCCACUGGUAGCGAUUGCUCACCAAGGCCCUGUCUCCUAAGGGGAGAGGGGGAGCAGGCACACUCCUAAAGGGAUGUACCUCUUCCCCCUCCCUUGGCUUAAGAAACACUACUCUAAAAUGUACCAAUCAUUUUCAUUGUGAUAAAACUCAGAUAUGCUUGAAUGAGGCCAUUUAGUCACUUGCCUCUUCUUUCAGUCACAAAUGGAGAGUUUAAUUUUCCUUGUGCAGUCUUUGGAGAGGAACUCUCCUUCUUUCCUAAAGACAUGAAUUUGUCAGACUUCCCUGAUGGUCCAGUGGUUGAGAAUCCACUGCUAAUGCAGGGGACACAGUGUGAUCUCUGGUCCAGGGAGAUCCCAGAUGCCUCAGAGCAAUUAAGCCUGUGCACCACAACUGCCGAACCUGAGCUCUAGAGCCCAGGAGUUGCAACUACUGAACUUCUGAGCCUGAGUGCCCUGGAGUCCUUGCUCCACAGUGAGAAGCCACUGUUAUGAGAAGCCUGCGCAUCACAACUGGAGAGGAGCCUGCACGCAGCAACAAAGAUGCAGUGCGGCCCAAAAUAAAUAAAAUAUAUUUUAAAAAGAGACAAGAAUAGGUCCUUGUUGACUAGAAUUAGAAGUGGGAUGUUUAGAAGGCUUUUGAAUACAAAGUGAUUUAGAUAUUUGGUCUGCAGCAAUCUUUCUCAAAGUGUUUUUGUAGAAGGAACUCAGUUCCCAGGAGAUAGUCUGAGGAAGGCUUUUGUCAGAUGUGUCAGAGAAACCUUUCAUUCCCAUUUGCUUUGUUUGAAUUUGGUUUGGCCGUGGUAUCCUUUAUAUAUGAAACACCUGUUAACCCUGUAUAUCAACACUUUGUUACAUAUUGUUGAAUGCCAGCCUCUGAUUUUCCAGUCGACAAUCCAUUAUGAAUGAAAAGGCAGAGACCUAUUUCCAGACUCAGAGAUGUUCUUCCAGCUUAUACUAGUGUCUGGUUUUCUUAAACUAUA